AUGGCACAGUGGUGGCAACUUCUGCUAGGAUUGUGGACAGUCAUGCCCACCUGGGCUGGAGACACGCUACUCAAUGUUUGCAUGAAUGCCCAACACCACAAGAGAGAGCCUGGCCCAGAAGACGAGCUCUAUGUAGAGUGUAUCCCCUGGAAGGACAAUGCCUGCUGCACAGCCACCACAAGCUGGGAAGCCCACCUUGAGGUGUCCCCACUCCACAACUUCACCUUGGUUCACUGUGGAUUGUUGACCCCAAGCUGUCAGAAACACUUCAUCCAGGCCAUCUGCUUCUAUCAGUGUUCCCCUAACCUGGGGCCCUGGAUCCAGCUGGUGGGGCCCAGUGGGCAGGGAGAACGCAUCGUGGGGGUGCCACUGUGCCGGGAAGACUGUGAGGAGUGGUGGGCAGACUGCCGCACUUCUUAUACCUGCAAAUCCAACUGGUACAGCAGCUGGCACUGGAGUCAGGGAAAGAACCGCUGCCCUGCAGAGGACAUCUGUCACCCUUUCCCCCAUUACUUCCCCACCCCAACUGACCUGUGUGAGAAGAUUUGGAGCAACUCCUUCAAGGCAAGUCCUGAGCACAGGAACAGUGGGAGAUGUCUCCAGAAGUGGUUUGAGCCUGCUCAGGGCAACCCCAACGUGGCUGUGACCCGCCUCUUGGCUAACACUGCCCCAACCUGGGAGCUUGCCUAUGUCCCCAUUCCCUUCUCUCUGUUCCUGCUCUUCCUUUCCUGA